CAUCAUGGCGGUCGGAGCGCGGCUCCCCGGGCCCGCCGUUCCGCAGGGCUGCUGCCGUUGCUGCUGUUGAGAGGCGGUGGCGGCGGCGGCGGCGGCGCGGGCGGGAAGGAUGGUGUUUCCGUGGCCGGAGCGGCGGGUGCGGACCAGGAGCCGAGCUCAGGCUUGGCCGAAGCGACGCGCGCUAAGGAGCAGCCGGCACGGGUGCCGCUGAGGCAGCGUCGGGAGGCGGGAGCGACUGACAGACUGACUGACGGAAGGCGACCCGAGAGCCGGCCCGGGGACCGUGCCUUGGACGAGAUGCCGGGGCCACCGGCGUUGCUGCUGUUGCUGCUCCUGGCCGCUGGCAGUGCCCGGGCCAUGCCACUUCCGCAAACAGGUGCAGGGGAGUCACCUGCUGCAGAAGUUUCCUCAUCUUUUGUGAUCCUAUCUGUGUGCACUUUUAUCAUAUUAAUUGUGUUAAUUGCAAAUUGUGUAUCCUGCUGUAAGGACCCAGAAAUAGACUUUAAGGAAUUUGAAGAUAAUUUUGAUGACGAGAUAGAUUUCACACCACCAGCAGAAGAUACUCCCUCUGUCCAGUCCCCAGCAGAAGUGUUCACACUUUCCGUACCAAGUGUCUCGUUACCAGCUCCGUCGCAGUUCCAGCCUGCCGCAGCGGAAGGUUUGAAGUCUCAAGUUGCUCGCCACAGUCUAAACUAUAUUCAGGAAAUUGGAAAUGGCUGGUUUGGAAAGGUCCUCCUCGGAGAGAUUUACACAGGUACCAGUGUCGCCCGCGUCAUAGUGAAGGAGUUAAAAGCAAGUGCGAGCCCGAAGGAACAAGAUACUUUUUUGAAGAAUGGAGAACCUUACUACGUUCUUCAGCAUCCAAAUGUUCUGCAGUGCAUUGGGCAGUGCGUGGAGGCAAUUCCCUAUCUUCUGGUGUUUGAGUUCUGUGACCUGGGCGACCUCAAAGCUUACCUGCGCGGCGAGCAGGAGCACAUGCGGGGGGACGCGCAGACCAUGCUGCUGCAGCGGAUGGCGUGCGAGAUCGCCGCGGGGCUGGCCGCCAUGCACAAGCUGCACUUCCUGCACAGUGACUUAGCCUUGCGGAACUGCUUCCUUACCUCGGACUUAAAUGUGAAAGUGGGAGAUUACGGGAUAGGAUGCAGCAGGUACAAGGAGGAUUAUAUUGAAACAGAUGAUGAGAAAGCUUUCCCGCUGCGAUGGACCGCUCCAGAGUUAGUGACCAGCUUCCAAGACAGGCUGCUGACUGCAGACCAGACCAAGUACAGUAACAUCUGGUCCCUGGGUGUGACACUUUGGGAACUUUUUGAUAAUGCCACUCAGCCAUAUUCCAACCUGUCCAACUCAGAGGUUAUUAACCAGGUCAUUCGAGAGAGGGGCACGAAGCUCCCCAAGCCCCAGCUGGAGCAGCCUCAUUCGGAUAGAUGGUAUGAAGUUUUACAGUUCUGUUGGUUGUCACCGGACAAGAGGCCAGCGGCUGAAGACGUGCACAGGCUGCUCACCUACCUGCGCAUGCAAAGUCAGCGGGACUCCGAAGCCGACUUUGAACAACAGUGGAACGCUCUUAAACCAAAUGCAAACAGCAGAGACACUUCUAGCAGUGCGGCGUUCCCAAUCCUUGACCAUUUCACCAGGGACCGGCUUGGUCGCGAGAUGGAGGAAGUGCUCACCGUGACAGAGACCAGCCAGGGCCUGAGCUUCGAGUACGUCUGGGAGGCCGCCAAACAUGAUCACUUCGACGAGCGCAGCCGAGGCCCGCCGGGUGCAGCUCUGUCCUACACGAGCGUCUUCUUCCCGGUUGAAGUGUUCGAGCGCUCUCUGUCCGACCCCGGGCCCGGGAAGCAAGACAGCAGUGGCCAGGAGGUCCCCGUGAGAGCCCCCGGAGUGGUUCCCGUUUUUGAUGCCCACAACCUUUCUGUUGGAAGUGACUAUUACAUCCAAUUAGAAGAAAAAAGUGGUAGCAAUUUGGAGCUUGAUUACCCACCUACACUGCUUACAACUGAAAUGGAGAAUCCAGAAAGGACAAGUGACGAGGCGCCCCAGUUUCUGACUCUCAGGGGCCUUGAAUUUGAGGAGUCCAGCACAGAUGAGGAUUUCUUCCAGAGCAGCACAGACCCCAAGGACCCCAGCACCCCCGAGGACAUGCAUGCUAUCAGGGGCCCUGAGAGCCCUUUCAACAAUAUAUUUAAUGAUCUUGACAAAUCAGAGGCUCUGCCCAGUCACCAAAAAAUAUUUGACUUAAUGGAACUAAAUGGAGUCCAAGCUGACUUUAAGCCAACCACGUUAAGUUCCAGUUUGGACGACCCCAAAGACUCGGUGAUAGCAGGCCGCUUUGAAAAAGACAAGCCCCGUAAGCUUUCUGACUGUGAGCCUUUUUGCUUAUCGGAAAACCUUACGCUCCAAGAUAAUUUUGAUCCGCUGAAUGUGCAAGAAUUGUCAGAAAACUUUUUGUUUCUUCAAGAGAAAAACUUACUAAAAGACUCAUUGUCUAGCAAAGAACAUAUAAAUGAUCUUCAAACAGAACUUAAAAAUGCUGGUUUUACUGAAACUAUAUUAGAAACUCCACCUAGAAACGCUUUAGAUACUGAGCUUGAGUUUGCUGGAAAUAAACCAGGCUUUUCCUUGUUGCAGGAAACUGUAAGCGCGAAGGGCCAAGAUACAAGCGUCGCGCUCAGGGAACGCACUUUGAGCGCCUCAUUGCCGUCUUCCCCGGAAGUGCAGGCACUGCCUACCUCCCGUGACACAGAAGGGACACCUCAUAGCGCACCUCCAGGUAUGUUCCUGAAGCAGGGAGAAGCCACGCCCAGGCAUUUAGAUGUCAGUAUCCAUGACGACUGUCUCUGCCAAGAAACAAAUUUAGAACCUGUGACGGUCCUGGCUGAAAUUCCCUCCGCCGAUGCCAAAACACCCGGCAUUGGCCAUGGGUCCCCUGACCUGACUCACCAAAGUGAGGAGGCCUCAAGACGAACCCAGAGUGACUCAGUUCUUGGUGAUGACAUUUUUGCCGAUAAAGGGAGUAUAGGAAGUAGUCUUCCGGAACUGAGACAGAACCUGCAAGACCCACCUCUUUCAGAAGACCAGCACAGUGGUGGUCUGCUAGAGAAAAACUCCGAAGCGGUGGACACUUUGAAUCAGCUGAGUUGUAAAGAUGCUACAAAAGAGGGGGGUUUGGUGUCUGCCCUUUCCUCGGACUCUACCAGUCAGGACAGCCUUUUAGAAGACAGCUUGUCAACCCCCAUUCCCGCCUCAGAGCAGUCGAUGGAGACCCCAGACUCCCUGGAUUCGGUGGACGUCCAUGAGGCUCUGCUGGGUUCUCUAGGCUCUCACUCUCCUCAGAAGCUCGUGCCCCCUGACAAACCUGCCGACAGUGGGUACGAGACCGAGAACUUGGAGUCGCCCGAAUGGACCCUGCACCCUGCUCCCGACGGCGCCUCAGCCUCGGACGUGGCCACAGCAGGGGGCAGCGGGCACGGUGAUGGUGAGGUGCCUCCCAACCCUGUCAUUGUCAUCUCAGAUGCAGCCGAUGGCCACAGAGGUACCGAAGUGACCUCACAGACUUUUGCACCUGGCUCUCAGAGCUCGUACCGAGACUCUGCUUACUUCUCAGAUAAUGAUUCUGAGCCCGAAAAGAAGUCAGAGGGGGUCCCAGGAACCUCAGUGUCAGCCGUGGUAUUGGUCACAGAUCAGCCCCCGCCUGAGCCAGUCACCCCAGAGCGAAGUCCUGGCACCGAGGACAGUUGUCUGGAAGCCGAAAGUAGCCAGCCAGACCAAAGCUGUCCAUCUGCUUUGCAAACUUCCGGUCUCCUGCAGUCGAGAGACACGUCAGAACCGGCCGUGACGAGCGAUUCCCAAGAGCUGCGUGCUCCCGGAGACGAGGCGGGCAGCCCCUCGAGUUUGUUGAACUCGGAGCCGAGCAGCGGCGACGACUUUGAGGCACAGGAAGAGCGCCCCUGCACGAUCGUGUCCACCGGGACCAACACCAGCGAGCUCCUUGCGUUCACCAGCGCCAGCCUCCGCUCCAGCAGCCCACCCGACCUAGCGGUGGGCAAGGCCUUGCCCAGCCACUCGGAGGGCCCCAAGCUGAAGGAGCCAGACAUCGAAGGGAGAUACCUGGGGAAGCUUGGCGUGGCCGGGAUGCUCGACCUUUCGGAGGACGGGAUCGAUGCGGACGAGGAAGACGAGAACAGUGACGACUCGGACGAGGACCUGCGGGCCUUCAACCUGCACAGCCUCAGCUCCGAGUCGGAGGAUGAGACCGAGCACCCUGUACCCGUGAUCGUCAGCAGCGAGGACGGGAGGCACCUGCGGAGCCUGUUGAAACCCCCAGCCGCUGGUGCUGUUGACCAGCUGCCAGAUGACUGGAAAAAAGAAAAGAAGGCUGUGACGUUUUUUGAUGAUGUCACAGUCUAUCUGUUUGACCAGGAGACCCCAACCAAAGAGCUGGGACACUGUGGAGCGGAAGCGCGUGGCCCGGAGCGGAGCAGCCCCGCACCGUCGCCAGGUUCCCCCUACCUGAGCAGGUGCAUAAACUCCGAAAGUUCAACCGACGAAGAAGGCGGAGGCUUUGAAUGGGAUGACGACUUCUCCUCAGACCCUUUCAUGUCAAAGACAGCGAGUAACCUUCUUAGUUCCAAGUCUGCGGUGCAGACAUCAAAGUACUUCUCGCCGCCGCCGCCGCCGCCGCGGAGCGCAGAGCAGAGCUGGCCCCACGCGGUGCCGUACUCCAGGUUCUCCAUCUCCCCCGCCAGCAUCGCCAGCUUCUCCCUCACGCACCUGACCGACUCGGACAUCGAGCCAGGAGGAAGCAGUGAAGAUGGAGAAAAAGAUUAGAUGGAUGCCGAUGCGCCCUCGGGUCCCAGGCCGCUUCUGCAGGGCUGCAGUCCCGCUCCGCCAGCAGGCGACGCCACCCACGGGACAUCUGCUGAGACAGGACAGGGACGAAGACUUGGGAGUCGGAGAGGGUGCCGGGCUCCGUGCCCGGGGCCCACGCAGGAAGCCCAUCUCUGGAGGCGUGGUCCCGUCCAGCGCGUUUGCUGCCCUGGUGGCCGCUCUUGCCCACUGAAGACACGCGGGCUCUGGGCGUCCUUGGGGAGGGCUGGCCCUGCUCGGCUGCGGGGGGUACUGGGGGCUCCUGGUGGCCUCGGGCCUCCGUGCGGGCGCCCUCUGUGUCCGGACCUGUGCGGCCCCUCAGUGCGCGGGGGCCCAGAGGACACGUGGUGGGACUUGGCACCAGCGAGCCAUAUUUAUUAUUUUUAAAGAAAUCACUAACUGCUUUCUGUAAUUGCACUGUGGAAAAAUGUUUUAAGAGUCCUUGAUAUUGUACAGAAUCUUAAAUUAUUCAAGGAAAAUAAGGCAGGUCAAGCUGGUGCUACCCACUAGUUUGAUUUUUUUUUUUCUGUUUUAUAGUUUGUUUGCAUGGUACUUGUAAAGCUUAAAUAUUUUGAGUGUAUGCAGUCCUUAGAAUUGUUGGAAUUGUACAUAUGGUACUCUUUCGUAAACGAUAAAUGAUUCCGAAUGUUAGUGUUUCACGUCCUCAUAGGAAAUAUUUUUGAUGAGUCCCGCCAGAUGCCCUGCUGCCGGUAGACUGAGCCCGCGCUGUCUCUUCUCCGGGAGGCGGCCUCCCCGCGGCGGGAAGGCUUCUCAGAGGAGCCAGGGCCCUGCCGCGUCCCCGGGUAGCUCUCCCACCCCAUGCCCCAAUUUUUUAAAACUCUCUUGGUAAAAGUCGACAGGCGAUACACCCCAGAGCUCAGCGCCAGGUGGGCUGUGCAGCCCCCGCCCCUCCCCGGCAGUGGCGUGGGGCCCCAGGGGCGCUUCCCCUCUGAGCCAGCGCCGCCGUCCGCUGACCCCUGCUGCUUGGUUUUGGAAGCGCAGACUGUGGUGGCUUCAGCAUCCUUGGAACUCCUGCUCCACAGAGGGCUCGGGCUCCACAGGGCGGUUGAUGGGUUCUGUGUGUACAGCUCGGCCUACGGGGUUGAGCCUGUAACCACUGCGAGCUGGACCUUCCCCUCAGAACCAGUCCGAGUCAUGCCACCUGGCUGGUUUCCGCGGCCUGGGGGACACACGGCAUCCUGCAGCUGUGAGGAGGGACAAGGGGCAGCCGCAGAGCCCCCGCUGCCGGCACAUCCUCCUGGUGGGAACCUGGGCAGCCCCGCAGGGCCGCGCACCCACACUCGCCCUGGGUGCAGCGCACUGGCCCUCCCUCUGCACGGAGCUCCAGGUUCUCCCCUUGUGUGGAAAGGGGCCGAGCGUGUCCAGGGCAGUCCCGCAACGUUGGCGACCUCGUUCUUCAGUCCUUGAAUUGUGCUUUGACGAGGGACGUUCCCGGGGCUAGAGCAGCGUGGCGGCGCCCUGCGGAGGGAGGCCAGGCCUGCGGCCCUGGUGCGCGCCCCUCCCCGCUGUUCUGGUGCUGCUGCGACGGAGGCCACAGGAGCUGGGUCUUGGGGCGAGGCGCAAAUGCGGACACUGGCUCGAGUUUCCAUAGUAAAGUUUGACUUUUAGUGUCAGUUCUGGUUCACUCCACCAACUUUUUAUACUAGCAAUAACUUUCCAGAGCAAAAACAAGUUCCGAGUGGAGAACGAGCCCCCUGGGGGCCCCCCCGCCGUGUCUGUGAGCCGGAGCGCGGUGGGGGCGCUGGGCCCGGCGCUGGGCGCUGCGGGGAGUUACCAGGGCGUGAGAAGGUGGUUUUGCCAAAAUUGCCAAACUCUGAAUUUCUUACUGUGGUGACUUCCUGAGCUUUCUGAAUUUUUACAUCUAACUACCAGCUUGGUUUAGAGAGGAAAUGAGACCAUUAUACUAGUCUUUUUUAAAAGUAUAGGUUUAAGGGUUUCAGGUGUAAUGACUAGAAUCAAGCAGAUCCAUAGAACAUACAGUCUUAAUACAGUCAGCGCAGGCUAGAUCUGAUACUUCGGGAUUGUCCAUUUUUCACUAUGAUCAAGGAGAUUUUAACAACAUAAUUCCCAUUUUAAUUUAUUUUAAGUCUGUGUCACUCUCAUAACUAAUUGCCAAAAAAAGCAUUUUGUACCUUGAGCUGGGGGGUGGGCUGGAGUGGCGAAUCUCAUCGUGGGGUUGCAUGGUCAGGGAGAAUUUAUAUUUAUAAUAAACACGUAAGUGAACAUGUUCUUUUGAAAUCUCAAGCAAUACACAAGAAGUGAAUUAUGUACAUUAAAAUUUUCAGCCCAUUUUUGAAAUGUCAGCAUGUGCUUUGUUUCACUUUUUGGCUCAGUCGGUAUCCAGUAGUGGGUUUCCAAGCCGUAUUCCCCUAGUAAGUCGUGCAGCGAAGCAGGCGGUCCGUGGGUUCUCUAGGUGCAGUGGGCGGGGUGUGGAACACCUGGCCCGCGGUGACAUUUCCAGGCCUCCCGUGGAAUCUCCAAUCAGGUUUUAAUUAGUCCUCCUUUGGUGGAGUGUACGUAUUUUAGAUCCUAUAAUAAAAAUAAUGUGACCUGCAUUUCCUUCCUAGCUAGAUGCUAAUUUUUGUUGCAAGUCAGAAAAGUAAAAAGAGUGCUUCCCAGAUCCUUCUGCAGCGUGGCCUGGGGCCUGGGGCCGGAGCCGUUGGUCUUAAGGGUGAAGAAGCUCAACAAAGCUGAAUUGAAAGCAGACUGCGUUCUCUUUUUAAAUGUACAGGUGAUCGAUGGUCCCUAUAGAAAUGGGUUUCUCUAAGACAAGACUGUCUUGCUGCCAUAAAACGCCUCUAAAGCCUCUUCCUUUUAGUAUUAUUUUCCAGAGGGUGGUUGUAGGGUGAGUGACUUGCUGCCUGUUUGUCCUGAGGGCCCAGCUGGGAGGGAGGCAGCUCCUGGUCUACCUGACGCAGCUGGUCACCUGACAGCUCCGUAAGGGACCCCCGAGGUAGGUAGGCUCCGAAGGUUGGGCUUCAGUUUCAGAGGCCAACCCGGGACAUACAGCCUUAUGAAAAGUAGCCUUAAAGUAAGAAUGGCUGUAUGGAGUUACUUCAGAUCUAAAUCUCAAAAACUAUUCCCAGGGUGUGACGGGGUCGGCUCUAGCUUUCGGAACAAAGAAGAUUCUCUUUGGUAUAUAAGUAAGUUCUUCCGAAUGCGUUGACAGUAUUGAACUACCGACAGCCUGUUGUUUGGAUGGCUUGAACACGGCUCAGUUCGGGCUCCACCGGCCUCAGCUGGGCCUGCGGACCCACUGUUUAAUUUCACCCGCAGCCGAGCGCCGCAGGGGCGGGCACAGCUGCGAGGUUUCCCUGCUGUACUUUAACACAGUUGUAAGAGUUGUAUUCAUGGCAAUGUGACAUUCAUGAACUUUCAGUUUAAAUUGUGUACAUUUUUAAAUUGUAAGAUUUUUACUGUAUAUUGAUGCAUAGUG